CUAACCGCCAACAUGUGUAUCGCGCUGCUUUUGAAACUGUGUAAAGUUCUGGUAAUAGUUCCAGGCGAAAACUAUAAACAUAGCUUAGCCUACACUCUUUAUACCUAUACCUGGAUCGUUUUAAGUCUAGCUAGUGUAUUAUUCUACAUAUUCGGACAACUAACAAACCCUAACUUCAAAACUAUGAUUUUCACUGUACGAAUUUUGGAUGGAGUCACUAUGGCUUUAAUCACGUCUUCAACAUUGUGCAUAGCUUCCAAAUGCCGUCUAGCAACGAAUCUUUUGCAGCAUUUGCAGUUAACGAGCAUCAAAGAGAAUAAUCGUAAGAUUAUGGUUGGUUUUGUUUUGGUGCAUAUAGUUUUUAUCGCGACUAACCUUGUGGGCGAUGCUAGUUUGAGUAUGUCUAUCGGCUUACUUCCCGGAGCAAGAAUUGUGAAAUACUACAUACUUAGAGACAUGCAGUGGUACGUGCAGACUAUAGCAGUUUACUUGGUGAUCAUCGUAGCCCACAAAUUCAAAAUAAUGUUCGAAGAGCUCAACGUUUGCCUUCAAAGCUACUCCACAGAAUCAGACACAUCAGAAAGAGAUGAAAAAGUUCAACUGAUUUUGAAAUUAAGGAAACGAUACAAUCACUUGGCAGACCUUGUGCAAGAAUUCAAUGACGUUUUUGGGUUGACCAUAUUCUUUGCAGUGUUGUUCACUAUGGCUAUGGCUGUUUUUAGUAUACAUAGAGCAAUUGUUUUUUCACUGUUUGUCAGUGAUGAUCCAGGAAGGCUAUGGAUUAUACUGGCGAGUAUACUGUGGACGAUUGUGGUGACGUUGCAAGCACUCCUCCUAGCAGCCUCUUGCAGCUCAAUGGAAAAAGAAGCCCGUCGUACAGAAAAAAUCUGCUACUCUCUCGUCAACGAAGCACCAGCAAUGCUCAAAGAGAUCUCUAAAGAAGUUGUAUCGGAAUUAUGCAUUUUAGCUCAACUUGUCGGCUGCAGAAAACCUAGCGUAUCUGCUGCUGGGUUUUUCAAAGUUAACUACGAAAUGAUGGGAUUUAUAGCUGCUACAGUUACUUCUGAUACUAUUAUCACCCUUCAGUGUCUUAUUGAAAGUAUCAAAAUGUAAUACAAUUUUAACUGUCAGAAAAUAUAAGAGUUCAACUUCUGAUGCUGAUUGUUAUACUUGGA